AUGAAAUUCUCGUACGGCCUUGCGCUUUGCACGCUCCUGUCGUUCUCCUCCACAGUCGCGCCGCGCAAUAUCAUUUCAACGGACGUCGAUGUAUCAGCCCUUGCUGCUCCAAAAGCUUUUGACCCAUCCCUCAUCGCUGCCCGGUCCAAGUUCUCUGACCUACAAAAGCGCAGAGGGGGUGGAGGAGGUGGAAGGGGUGGUGGGGGCGGAGGCGGAAGGUCUGGCGGGGGAAGAGGAGGCCGCAGUGGUGGGGGAGGACCCAAGGGUGGUGGAAGGGCCGCGGGAGGCCGGGGAAGCUCAAGUUCGCCUGGUGCCCGCCCUUCAAGUAAUCUUGGCGGUUCUUCGCGAUCUGGCUCCGGAACUCCUCGCUCGUUUGGCGGAGGCGGAUUCUAUGCCGGUGGCGCCUCAGUCCCCUACACAGCUGGCAAGGCUUCGCGGAAAGGGCUUCUUCCGUUCGCCUUCCUCCCACUCGCCGCCCUCGCAUUCUUUCCCGGUUUGUGGCUCUUUGGUGCCCACGCCUACCACAUCGGCUAUUUUGACUAUCGCAACACCUCUGAGCCCAACGCCAACACGACUCGGAUCCCCAUUGAAUGUCUCUGCCAACAAUUCAGCGUCUGCGGCUGCGAGAAGAACGAUAAUGCGACUUAUAUCGAUCAGCUGCUCAGUCCGAAGGAUCAAUAUGGCAUGCCGGAGAAUACCACGACAGUUAGAGUUGUCCCGAAAGAUGAUGGAUCGACGACUAUAUAUGUGAAUGGCACCUUGGCAAAUGGAACGACGAAUCCGGACCCUUCCAUCCAGGAAGACAGUGGUGUCGGCGUUGCCCCUCCUAUGUUAUUGAGACUGGGUGGGUAUGGGUAUUGGGUUAUGUCUUCGUUGGUAAUUGCAGCUGUUAUGUUGAUAUGA